AUGGCGAAAAGCAAGAUUCUGGUGGUGGGUGGGACCGGCUACAUCGGGAGGAGGCUCGUCAAGGCCAGCCUGGCGGAGGGCCACCCGACGUACGUUCUCCGGCGGCCGGAGAUUGGGCUGGACAUCGACAAGCUGCAGAUGUUGCUAGAGUUCAAGAGGCAGGGGGCCCGCCUGGUCGGGGGCUCGUUUUCCGACCACCGGAGCCUGGUGGAGGCCGUCAAGCAGGUCGACGUGGUGGUUUGUGCCAUGUCGGGGGUUCAUUUUAGGAGCCAUAAUCUCAUGUUGCAGCUUAAGCUCGUUGAUGCUAUUAAACAAGCUGGAAAUAUCAAGCGUUUCUUGCCUUCGGAGUUCGGUAUGGAUCCAGCCCGAAUGGGAAAUGCUCUUGAGCCCGGAAGAGUAACAUUUGACGAGAAGAUGAUCGUACGUAAAGCAAUCGAAGACGCCAAAAUCCCUUACACAUACGUCUCGGCCAAUUGUUUUGCCGGCUACUUUGUCGGCAAUCUCGGGCAACUUGAAACCCUUGUUCCUCCUAAGGAUAAAGUAAUCAUCUAUGGUGAUGGCAAUGUUAAAGCGGUGUUCAUGGACGAAGACGAUGUUGCAACGUACGCGAUCAAGUCCGUAGACGACCCUCGUGCGUUGAACAAGACACUCUACCUUCGGCCACCGGAGAACAUACUAAGCCAGAGGGAAUUGGUCGAGGAAUGGGAGAAACUCACAGGAAAGACACUGGAGAAGAUGAGCGUCCCAAAAGAAAAUUUCCUCGCUAAUCUCAAAGGUGGUGAUUUUGCUAUGCAAGUUGGAUUAUGCCAUUUUUAUCACAUUUUCUAUGAGGGAUGCUUGACAAACUUUGAGAUAGGAGAAGACGGAGAAGAAGCUUCGAAACUUUACCCGGAGGUCGAGUACACGCGUGUCGACAAAUACUUGAAGCGUUACUUAUGA